GAGGGAAACGUGACGAUUCAAGAUGGCGAAGGACCUGGAUGAGCUCUUGGAUGAAGUCGAGAGCAAGUUUUGCAGACUCGACCCUCUGAGGCCGGGCAAGACCGAGCGGGCCAAAGGCCGCGGCGGCCUCACCAACUUCAGCGACUCCAGCCAAGACCAGACGAGGAAGAAUCUCAGAUCAACAGAAAAAGAAGAUGAUCUUGAUAGUCUUAUUAAUGAAAUAUUUGAAGAACCCAACUUGGAUAGAAAAACUUUUAAAUUAAAAUCUAGAUCUUCAGGUAACACAUCUACUAAAGCCUCUAUUCAAGGCCUCAGUAAAAGUUGCGGACCCGUGUACCUGAGUGGAAGCAAUGUUCCGUGGGGGAUUGGAACGAAUGCAUCACAGAGAGCAUGUGACCGUCUGCGUUGUAUAGCUUGUGAUUUCUGGGUAGUGAGCUACAGUGACUAUAUGUGGGACAAAUCCUGUGAUUAUCUGUUUUUCAGGAACAACAUGCCGGACUUCCACAAAUUAAAAACAAAACUGGUAACGAAGAAAGGAGCCCGGGCUUAUGCCUGUCAGUGUAGCUGGAGAACUAUUGAAGAACUGACAAACCUGCAGACAGAUCAUCAGCUUCGCUGGGUUUGUGGUAAACAUUAGGAAUACAGACUUUACAUUUGGACAAAUGCAUCAGUAAGAAUAGACUCUUAACUGAUCGCCAUCAUAUUUAGACAGAGGUGUAUACUAAUACCACGCCUUUGGAAUUUCACUUACCUACACAAUGAACUGGAGGAGACAGACAUACUAUACUAUAGCAAUUUAGAAUUAUUCGUGUGUGUGUGUGUGUGUGUGUGUGUGUGUGUGUGUGUGUGUGUGUCUCUCUCUCUCUCUCUCUCUCUCCCACUUGAGCCACAGCUCCACUUCCCAAGCCUUUUUGGUGGUAUUAACCACCGAAAUAAGAGUCUUGUCUUGAAGAUAAAAGACUCAAGGACUUUUCCUGUCUGGGCAGGCUUCCAACUGUGAUCCUCAGAUCUCAGCCUCCUUAAUAACUAGGAUUAUAGGUGUGAGCCACUCAUGCCUGGCAGAAUUAUUCCUUUUUGGUACGUGGAUGCUUCACUUAGUAAGGUAACAAACCCAGACUUUUUGCUAGGCUAUCUCUUGUCCCAUGGAAAGUUUAAUUAUGGAGUUUGUAGAACUAUAUGGCCAUUAAUUAGCAAUUGCGGUGUUGUCUGCUAAUAUAUUUAAUAUACACAUUCCUCAUAUAUAGCCGUAAGAUGAAUCUAGCCAGGGUAGAGAAGUCAUUGUAGAAAUGUUCACAGCACCUCCUCCAGUCUGAUCUGUUACUGCCAGAGAUCAGAAUUUGGACUCAGUAAAGCCACACAAUGAGUGGCUAGCUGAAGGGUUGUCAGGAAUACAGAUAUUUGUAAAACACUGCCUAUAGCUCAUGGACCUCACCAGUGACAGGCAGAACUAUACACAAUAAUGAUAAUGUUAUAUUACCAGUUUUAGCUUAUUUCCUCUCCCUUUGUUUUAUAGUAUCAAAAGUUAUUUAGUUUCUAUCUUAACAAAUAUCCAUUUAUAUAUGUAUAAACAAUUCUUUUUUUUUU